AUGGGAAACCCUGAAGAGCAGAAUCCUGGCUACCCUCAUCAAAAUCUGAUGGGCGCACCAGACCAGCCGUACCCUGCCUCAGCUCCUCCAAUGGGCGCUCCUCCAGCAUAUGGCGAUGUCUACGGAACCCAGCCAGCUCCAAUGGGCGGACCUCCUGUUGCAGGAGCUCCUCCAGUUCAAACUCAACAACCAGCUUAUGCUCCUGGCUAUGCUCCUCCUCAGCCGCAAGCUGCCGGUUACGGAACAGCUCCAACAACAGUGAUAAUCCAGCAACAAGCUCCGCCAACAAUCAUCAACCAGCGAUUUGGCAGUCAGCCACAGCAUUGCAUCUGCCCACACUGUCAGCAUCAGGGUGUCUCAAAGGUUCAUCAUGAAUCUGGCCUUGGAACCUGGCUUGCUUGUGGUGGAAUUUGCCUCUUUGGUUGCUGGGCCGGAUGCUGCCUCAUCCCCUUUUGCCUCGACGAUCUUAGAGACACAGUUCACAAGUGCGAGAAUUGCAACAAGCUGAUCCGAGUGAAAAAGCUCAUCUCCUAA